GUGCGCAACGUGCACAGCAGUGUUCACUGCUGUCACACGAAGCGCGGACCAACCACCACCGAGAGGCAACAAGAUUGUGAAUCACAGUGCGUAAUGAAUGGGAGCCCUAGAGGAAGAGGUCCCCGCGGAAGGGGUAGAGGUAGAGGUAGCGGAAGAGUAGGGCGCGGUAGAGGCAGAGGUCUGUUUGUCGCCAACAACACCCAGCUUGUACAAGCGCCGCAGACGUCGGGUAGGGGGCAACAGCGCCGGAGAAAAUUUUACCAAGACCACAUGCCACAAAAGGAUGUGGAGAAGGGGCUUCGAGAUGGCACAUUGUUGAAAGGAAACCUUCGCAUCAACGCACGGAGUAGGUCAACUGCGUUCGUCACGGUAGAUGGCGGUGUGUUGCCCUCGGAUAUUUUCCUUGAAUCGGAGAAGGCCCGGAAUCGCGCACAAGAAGGCGAUCUGGUGGUAGUCGAGCUUGCGCCAGUGACUGAAUGGAUGGCCUUGAAACAAGCACCGGCUCGAUCGAGCAACGAGGGUUUGGCAGAAGCUCUUGAGUCGAUUUCAAUCACAGAAAGCUCGGCGGAUGAAGAUGAAACAAAUGGUGCUACAUCUUAUCCGGCAUGGGACGGACCGAAAGUGGCACCUCCAGUGGACGGGCUGUGGCGACCGUCGCCGAAAGUCGCUGGUGGUGCUCAAGGCGGGAAUCGACCAGAAAACCUGUGCGAGGCUGGUGUUCUCGCCGCACAAGGCAAUCUGCAGCCACGCGGCAAGGUUGUGUUCAUCAUGGAGAGCGCUCACAGGGAAGAUCACAUGGGCUCCUUGGUAUGGUCGAGCCCAUUGAAGGUCGACGGUAAGCUAUCCGACAAGGAUUCAUACGUCAUGUUCCAUCCUACCGAUCGAAGAGUACCCCACAUGCUGAUAGCGAGAGGGGAGCUUCCGUCAAUCUUCGUCGACAACCCGGGAGCGUAUGCCAACUACAUUUUCAUGGCCUGUGUCAAGGGGACUUGGUCUGCGACAUCAAAACUGCCGUGGGGGCACAACGUGCGCUUCGUGGGAGAAGCAGGGGCGAUACACGCCGAGACCAAGGCAUUACUGUGUCAGCAUGGUGUCAAUCACGGAGAUUUCCCUCGCACCGUCUUGCGUGGCCUCGAAGCGUUCUUACCUCCAAAGAACGCUGAGGACGGCAUCGACGCCGGAGCCGAUACCAGGGGAUCCAGAUGGAAAAUUCCGGACGAAGAAAUCAGCAAACGUCGCGACUUGCGGGCAACUCGCAUCUUCACGAUUGACCCGACGGGGGCGAGGGACCUAGACGAUGCGCUGAGUAUAACCCCUCUGGCUGAUGGAACGUUCGAGAUCGGAGUACACAUCGCAGACGUGACGUACUUCGUUAGGCCCAACUCUGACCUUGACCGAGAAGCCCGCCGGCGAGCCACCACGGUGUACCUCGUUCAACAAGCCAUCCCGAUGCUUCCGCCGCUGCUGUGCGAAGAGCUCUGCAGCCUCAACCCUCAAGUGGACCGGCUCACAUUCUCGUGCAUUUGGCGCAUGAACGUUGACGGCACUCUCGUCGACAAGCCUGCAUGGUUCGGACGAACCGUUAUCCGGUCAUGCUGCAAACUAGACUAUCAGACGGCUCAACACAUGAUCGAGGGAACCAUUCUUCCCGACAGCGCAUCGUCGACAUCACCUGAGCUAUGGGACCCCAACAGGCGACCGACAGAGUUUACUUGCGGUGAAGUCUGUCAGGAUGUUCUGCUGAUGAACUCCUUGGCUAAAAGGCGGCGAGCGAAACGAUUCGAGAGUGGUGCGCUCUCCCUCAACACACCGAAGCUGACUUUCAAACUCGACGACAACGGGAACCCAGCUGAUUUCGGGUCAUAUCCAAUCAGGGACAGCAAUAGGCUUGUUGAGGAAUACAUGCUUCUGGCAAAUUUUCUGGUGGCGCAACAGGUGCGACCGUUUUCCUUGGAGAACAAGAAUAAGAUAAUGGAAGGGGCAGACGAUCGAGCAUUUCUUCGGAUGCAUCCACCGCCGAUUGCACCAGGGCUGAACGCUCUAAAGGAAACUCUCGCUGGAUGCGGCAUCGAGAUCGACAUAACGUCAUCGGGAUCGAUCCAGGCAUCCCUGCUGCGCCUUCGUACCCAGUGCAACGACGAAGAAAUCGCUCAGGUGUGCACGAUGAUGGCGACUAUUCCCAUGCAGAGUGCGGAAUAUGUGGCAGCGGGAGCAACAGACUCUUGGCGGCACUAUGCUUUGAACAUCCCCGUCUACACACACUUCACUAGCCCUAUUCGGCGGUAUGCAGACGUUAUGGUGCAUCGAAUUCUGACAGCAACGCUGGACGGGACCGUGGAAAGCACAUACGAAGUGGAUGCCAUUGAGGAGACAGCUCAGCACUGCAACGACAAACGACUGGCGGCAAAGGCGGCGCAAGAACGCAGCGAUGAGGUGUAUUUGGCAGUGCAUGUCGCAUCCAAUCCUCUUCAAGAGGAAGCUGUGGUCAUUUCCGUCGGUGAGCAGAGCUUCACGGUUAACAUCCCACGUCUAGGAGUGACGUCUCGGCUGUUUCUCGACAAGAUACCGGACAUCAUGGCGACGUACGACGAGCUCGAGGGAACAAUUCACCUGACUCCAUCAUCGACAGUCACCCACCAAUGGACUGACGCAAAAAUCAAAAUAUUUUCCAAGGUUCAAGUGCUGUGCACUGUGGCGGAAAAGACAGGGCCGAUUGAAAUUCUGCUUCAGUUUUUACGGCCGAAGUGAAGAAGCUCCUCUGUGUUGAAGUCUGCUGUGGAGGAUCUAUCCGAGGGAUUGGAUGCUUUGGUAAAGUCUAGCUUGGGUUCAGUUUAGUGGUUCGGCGGUGUUGUUCCACCUACAUUUCCCUGCAUAUAUCAAUGUGCGUCCGCACUUGCUAGACUACUGGUAGAAUCCACGGGAUGAGGCCGUUCGAAGCUCCAAAAUCUCGGUGUUGGAAGGCCCUUUGCUAGGUUACAGAUGCCGCAACCACCAAAGAAGAAGCGCCACUCUGCUUAAGGAUCGCCGUGACUUUAAUGUUACUUUCUCUGUGGGGAACAAUGGGACUAUGUAGUCGAUCUACCUGGUACAGUUAGCGUGAGAUGAGGUUAGGGUUCAAGUUUUUUAGUUCUUUUUUUUAAUUCUUUUUGGAACCCUGGAAUGCAUACAGCUAGUGCGGGCCCGCAAUUACGAAAUAUUAUGGUAAGAGGAUACAUGUAGGCUCAAAUUUUGACGAAAAAAAAUAAAAGGACUAAG